AUGGAGAACUCCGUAAACAACAGCGUGAAACGAGUCAGAAUGAUACACGAAGAUGAAAAUCAGAAAGAAGAAAGUAGUUGGAUAGUCUACUUUGAAGACAUUGAUCAUGAAGAAGGUAGAGAAGAAACGAUUCAUUAUUACGAUAGUGAUUCUUCCAUGAUCUCAGACGCUGCAUCUCCUGUCCACACCACAAAGAUUACUAAUGUUAUUCGAAGAAAGGAUAAUAGCAUUAAUACAAACCAUAAAAAGAGACGAAUCGUUCAUCAACACCAAGAAGAAGAAAAAAGAGAGGAGGAAGAAGAAGACGAAGACACAGCCUCUUCUCCUUCUAAUAAAACCAAGGGUUUUUGUGUGUUGGAUGGUGCGGAAUAUAAUGCAAAACAUGGAAAAUACAUGGACAAUGUUACAUCCGAGGAGAGAGGAUGCCUAACAGACACAGGAUCAAAGAUUAAUGAAGAAUUCUUCUCAGCAGAAUUGAAAAAAAGAGGACUUUGUGUAGUUCCUUUAUCAGUUUUAUCUAACUUUAUUGCUUGA